AUGUUUUUUUCUAAAAGAAUUCUUAUAUUCUUAAUUAUCAAUUUUACAUUAUUUUUACAAUUAUUCAAGUUGACUUUAUUUACCAAGAAUAAACUAAUUGCUACCGUUUCAACAUCAAUCUUAGUCUUAUUUUCAUUAUACUACUUAACAGCAUCAACAUUAGGUCCCAAAUUCUCAUCAGCAUUCAAUAUAAUCCCAAAAUAUUUACGCAACAUUAUGAACUAUUCAAGAUUUGGAAACGGGAAUGGAAAUUAUUCAAGAUUUAGUAAGCAAAAUUCCGAAGAGAGAGAGUUGGCUCUUAAAAAUGGAGGAUUAGUUGGUGGGUUAAGUAAUGAUGGGAAUACAUGUUUUAUGAAUUCUGUUAUUCAAGCAUUGGCUUCUUCAGAAGAAUUUUUAAAAUUCAUUGAUUCUUAUUUGUACCUUGAUAUUGAAUUAGAUAAAAAACCAAAUGGUGAACCAUUAACAAUUAGAUCAAAUCAACCAAAACCAGAGUUGGUUUUCACUAAUGCUUUGAAAACUUUGAUGGAUAAUUUAAAUGGGAAGUAUGGUAGUCAAGGGAAAACAUUUGAUACUAAGAAAUUAUUAGCAAAGAUGCCUAAUGGUCCAAAAAAGAAUUUCUUUUUAGGAUAUAAUCAAGAAGAUGCCCAAGAGUUUUAUCAAUUGGUAAUGAGUUUAUUGGAAAAGGAAUACAAGCAAAUCAACACGUCUAGAUUACCUACUCCCGAACCGGAUGCAAAUAGUAACAAGUUUGUUGAUAUUAGAGAAUUAAAAGAUAAAACUCCAAAAAAUACUGUCUAUGUUCCUGCAGCAGAAGUUGAUCCAAAUUUAGAAGAUGCUGAACAUAAAGUCAUGCCAUUGGAAUUGAUCACCCCUGUUGAUGGUAUUUCUGCCGAAAAGGUUCUGUGUCAGACCUGUGGAGAAAUCGGAGGUACCAGAUUCAAUGUUAUCAGUGGAUUGAGUUUGAACUUGGGUAAUAACUAUUCGAGCGUAAGUUUGGAUGAUUUAUUGGCCGAUUGGUUCAAACCAGAAGUUAUUCAUGAAGUUAAUUGUAACCGUUGUUCAUUGGUAGAAACAAAAGAAUUUUUAGAAUCCAAAUUGAAAGAUUUAAAGGACAAUGAAAAACUUAGUGAACAAUUUGAAGCAAGAUUAUCUCAAGUAGAUGAAUGUUUGAGUUAUCCAAUGGUAUCAGAUCAAGUAGUGGAGAAAUUAACAAUCAAAAAAGUUAAGAGAACUAAAGAGAAAGUUACAUCCUUGCACACAUUGCCUAAAUUACUAACAGUUCAUAUUAACAGGAGUUGCUUUGAUCCUAGAUCAUGUUCUAUUGUCAAGAACCAGGCUGCUAUUUUAAUUCCUAAGUUGUUAUAUAGUGACCAUUAUUCUUUAGUGGCGGUCAUCUGUCACUUUGGUAGUCAUCAUUAUGGUCACUAUAUAAUCUAUAGAAAAAUUCAUGGCCUCUUUUAUAGAAUAUCUGAUGAGGUUGUCUAUCCUGUUAGUGAGGAAGAAGUUUUGAACGCUCAAGGUGCUUAUAUGUUCUUUUAUGAAUUAUGUAAUUAA